AUGUUUUAUCGUACGGUGAUAUUAUUUGUUUUUACUGUAUUCUGUAAUGUGGGUUCAAAUAAUAAUUUAGAUGAACAAAGAAUGAUGGGCGUUGACACUAUACAUGAUGUUAAUAUUGAUAAGGACACAAUCAUUAAUCACAAUAUGAAAUUGGAAAGAAAAGAAAAAAAUCACGUUAAAAAAGCAAACCUUAACGAGGAAAGCGAUCCGGAUUGGUCGUACCGUGCUAUACCACAAGAACUAAGCGCACACGUAGAUCAGUUCAAGCGUAAUAUGACCGAAUGCUUAAAAGAGGUUCAAGCUAACGACAAAAGACCAGUGAAACGGUUAUCGCCAAAUAAAGAGUCGCCUGUACACGGCGAAUGUUUGAUUGCAUGCGUGCUGAAACGUAACGGAGUGAUUGCAAGUGGAAAGAUCAAUAAAGCCAAUUUGAUUUCACUGGUGAGUAAAUUUUAUGCAAAAGAUACGAAGCUCAUGAAGAAACUUGAAAAGAAUUUGGAUCGUUGUAUAGAAGUAAGCGUACAUAAUAGAGACGAGUGCACUAUGGCAUCACAGCUAAAUACUUGUACCAAUGAAAUUAUGAUCAAUAAUAAACAUAAAGUAAUGUUGAAUUACUAA